GAUGGCGGGGGCAUCCGCGGGCUCUCCGAGCUUAUAAUCCUCGAAGAGAUCAUGCGGCGCGUCAAGCACGAUUUGAACAUGGCCGACGACCCUCUACCGGUUGACUUCUUCGAUCUUAUCGGCGGGACAUCUACAGGAGGCCUGAUCGCCCUAUUACUGGGACGGCUACGCCUGUCGGUUCCUGAGGCCAGGAAAGCAUAUGUCCGAAUUGCAAAGGACGUCUUCUCUGUUCCGAGAUACGUUAAAAAGAACAAAUUCGAUGGUCAAAGGUUGGAAGAAGCGGUGAAGCAACUUCUUCGAGAACAAUCAGUGGGUAGCUCUGGGGAGGAGAGAAUGAUUGAUCCUUCAAGACCCGCCUGCAAAGCCUUCGUCUGCGCUGUGCCACAACAGGACGUUCGAGCUCGAUCCGGUCCCAGACUAUUCCGAACGUAUAAUGUCCGCAACAAUCCGACGUUUGAUUGCACAGUUUGGGAGGCAAGCCGGGCGACUUCUGCAGCGCCUACAUACUUCGACUCUAUCGCGAUCGGGGAUGAAGGGGAGCAGGAGACGUUCGUGGAUGGCGGAUUAGGGUACAACAAUCCUAUCGAACAGGUGCUUGAAGAGGCGAGCCGAAUCUUUCCUGGAAGAAAGGUUGCCUGCGUCGUUAGCAUAGGAACCGGCCUUGCUCGCGCCAUUCAAUUCCCCGCGUCUCCGAAAACAAGCCCUACGAAGUUGAUAUCCGCACUCACCAAAAUGGCCACAGAAUCUGACACGACAGCAGAAAAGGUUCAAAAGCGAUUCCGAGAGAUCAAAGGUACCUACUUUCGGUUCAACGUUGAUCGUGGUCUGUCCGGUAUCAAGCUGGAGGAGUGGGAAAAUCUCGGCGAUGUCCGCACGUACACGACAGGAUAUAUGCAACAGGAUACAAUAUCCUCCCACAUUGAUGCAGUGGUCACGUCAUUGUUGGCAUCUAAGGCAGUUCCUGGCCAAGAUGACUCUACUGCCUUGGUCCAGGUUUCUACUUCUCACUCGGUCGAGAUGGGUAGCUCCGAAGGACGACCUCAGAUGUUGCCUUGGAAGCUUCCUACAGGGCCUUAUCCCGACUUCCACCUCAAUAUCGAAACACUUUCAAUGACAAGUAUGUAA